AUGGACAUCCCAUUCGACCCCUCAAAAUGGCAGCCCACUCGAGACUACGAAACCUGGGAAAAGCAAUACUCGGAAUCAGAGAUCCUCCAACUUGGCCAAAUCCUCGCAUCGAACACCAAAGAAAUCCUAUCUCAUCCUUACGAUGCGAGAACCUGGAUCAAGCGAAGCUACACAUUGAAACUCCUUCGAUAUCCCGAGUUGGCAGCCGGAGAUGGAUUCAAAGCUGCGAAACUUUGUAGGGAUGUGGUUGGGGUUUUGGAAGGUAAUACGAAGCCGAAUUUUCGGCUGGGGUGGAAGAUGGGGUUUUGGAUGAGGUAUGAAGAGGACGAUGAAGCUGAGGACGGUGGGUUUAUGAACGGCGUGGAUGAUGAUAUUGAGGAGUAUCUGGCGAAAAGUCAUGACGUCGACCUCGAUGAAGAACACGAGCUCCAAGCUGUCAAGUUUGCUACGCUCUUGUCUGAGGCAGAGAAGAUGAUUCUGGAUAAUCUGGAUUAUGCGCCGAAUCGCGAGGAAGGGCUGUAUUCUUCGAGGGCGUAUCCGUGGAUGAAGGAGGAGCAUUCGGGUAGAAGCGACAAGACGCUCGGAGAGAUCGAGAAGGAGUUACAGGAGGCUCACAGGGAGCGAUGCGGGACGAAGGAGAGCCUUCCGUGCUUUUCGAAGAGAUACGCGUUCGGAUUUGGCGUUGGUCCGAACAACGGCAAAGAUGUGAUUGGCGUUUUUGCGAAUCGUGAUUUGGCUGAGAAUGAGGUUGUAUUGGUUGACAAGAGCAGACUUUGGGGCUGUGCUGGUCCUGGAACAGCGGAGAGCAGCUUGGUGAACAGAGGCAGAUCGUCGAAUUUGUACGGCGGAACAGGUUGUCUCGAUGAGCUGCAUCCAAAUGACGAGAGCGAUGCUGUUGAGCACGACUUGCGUUGGCUCCGCGACCGCCUCGGUGCGGAAGCUCCACACACCAUCCUGAUGGCCCGAUGCCUCCUGGCCUGUGUGCAAGACAACAUCUUCAACCCUCUCGAUCACACUCUCAUCGCCCGCCUAACUCCCCAUUACGACACCAACCUCCGCAAGAUCUUCUGUCUCGACAAAGAUAUCUCCAUCCUCAACGAAGCUCUCACUCGUUUUGGCAUCGACAUCUUCGCAAACCACAAUUUCGAUACGUGGGUUCUCUUCACCCUUGAAGCCCGCGUGGCCAACAACGCCUGGAGUGAUCCACAAGCUGCAUGCCUCAGCCCUCUCUUCGCUCUCAUUAACCACUCCUGCGAUCCGAAUUUGAGUUGGCGCUCGUUGGCAGACCAUCGGACGUUGAUUCUGGAGACCAAGAGACCGAUCAAGGCAAGUGAACAGCUCUUCAUCGAGUACGAUGCUUUCCAGCACUACAAGCCAGUCAAAGAGCGGAGAGCAAAGCUGAGGCUGUGGUUGAGGGAGGACUGCGUUUGUACGAGAUGCGUGGAGGAGGUAAAGGCGGAAGAAGAAGAAAAUGCUGCUGCAAUUGGGCAAGUGAAUGAUGUAGGAGAGAGUGGUGGGGUUGAAGUGACUCCGGGUUGGAUGGAUGAGAAGCCGGCUGAGUUACCUGAGGAUGGAGUGAAGGAGGGGAAGUGGGAGGGAUUGUGGAAAGAGAAGAAGAACCGGCGGAAGGGGAAGGGUAAGGGGAGGAAGCGAAGGGGGAGGCGGGAUAGCUUGUCGCCUUGA